CCUAAUUCAUAUCCUCGCUCUUACAUCCUUCACCAUACAACCAAACCAAAGUUCUCGAGAGGCGGCAAUAUUGUCUUUUAACUUCAAAAUCGAUCAACAAACGCAGUAUCAAAAAACAAUAUUAAUAUAAAGAGACAGCAUGGUUAAUCCUUACGACAGUCCUCCCGCUUCACCUCGGUAUUCUUACGUCGAGCCACAUCAGCGACAGACGCAGACACUAGAACAAGCGCCGAGUCAGCGUGAUGAUAUCAGCCGACGUAUAGGAGAGAUUAAGCUCAUCGGCGCUGGUCCGGGAGACCCAGAUUUGUUGACGAUGGCAGCAUACAAGGCCAUCACCACAUGGGCUGAUAUCGUGCUUGCAGAUAAACUCGUCUCAAAAGAGAUCCUUACUCUCGUUUCAUGUCCUCUCUUCAUUGCGAACAAGGAUAAAGGAUGCCAAGCCUCGGGUCAACAGGAGCUCUUUGAGCGGGCCACUCAGGCUUUGAGGCAAGGACUACGAGUUGUUAGACUAAAGCAAGGAGAUCCGUUCAUCUUCGGACGAGGAGGUGAAGAAUUCCUGUUUUUCCGUCAACUCGGCUUUGAACCCACGAUUGUCCCUGGUCUAUCCUCUAGUAUAUCAGGACCUUUGCUGGCCAAUAUCCCAUUAACACAUCGCGGUACUGCAUCACAGUUUCUGGUUUGCACAGGAACCGGAUCAAAUGAUUCAAUCCCAGAGAUGCCAACCUAUGUAGCGCAUAGAACAACAGUGUUUUUGAUGGCUUUGCAUCGACUGGAGGCACUCGUACAGGAUCUGGUCGAGCUAGGAGGAUAUCCAGAGCAUCUACCCGUCGCUAUCGUAGAAAGGGCAAGCGCCAAAGACCAGAGAUGCAUCAAGGCCACAGUCGGAACGAUCGUCCAGACGGUUAAGGAAACUGGAUAUAGGCCUCCUGGUAUUUUUAUUGUUGGUUGGGCUUGUGAGGCCCUUGCUCAAGACUCAAACCAAAUUCAAGGCUUGACAGAUUCUUUGGCAUCAGAGAUCUGAAAAUCGUAUCGUAUAUAUAUUUAUUGUUUCCUCUUUCUCCCUUUUUUUUAUUCAUGGGAAUUAAUCACGGAGCCCACAAUGUAAUUUUCAUGCUCUCGGUUAUGUAUUUCUAGUUGUACAGGCGCACAAUAUCUCUGCCC